AAACAUGAAUUAAUAAAACAAAAUUAUCCAUUAAUGAUAUUACAAAUUCAAAAUUUGAGUUUUGACCUGACUGUCUGAGUGUCUUCUGCUGUUUCGGUAUCUUAUUACGUGUAUUUACCUACGUACAUUUAUUUGUAUAUUUGUCUACGAGUUGUGAUAGUCAUUUCCUACAUUUAAUUUAAUUUCGUUAUUUUACCAUUUGAAUAAGAAAUGAAUAAGUGCCUACGUAGUACCUACCAAUUCCAAUUUUUGUAAUUUUUGUUCAUAAUCAUAAAUACUGUUUCUUCAACGUACACAUAUUUAUGCAUCGAUGACAAUCAGGUUCAAUUUUCUAUUUCAAUACUACGUACAUUAUGUAGAUCAAGAGAAACUACUUCUCAAUAUGUUUCCAAUUGAAACUUCUAGACUUGAAAAACCGAAAGAUCUUUCAACAAGAAUCUACUGAUGUAUUGCCGAUUUAAAUAUCAUCGGUAGUAUUUGUAUUUUAAUGCUCAACAACUAGAAUCCUUAUGCUGUCGUGAAGAUGAAACAUCAUAAAACGCAAAACUACAUCUCCCAAUUCUUUUUACAAGAUAUUCUAAUAAUUUCAAUUGUUUGCGAUAAAUACGUUGGUCGUUGAUCGUUGAUCGUUGAUUGAUUCAUUCAUUCAUGAUUUGAGUCGCAUACGUAGAUAGAUCGUUGAAUUAUAUUGAAAAACUAACAGCUUUUAUACCUACUGAUAAUGAUAAGCUAUUUUAUUUAAUUAUUAAUUCAUUCGUCAUUGUUAAAUUUCUAAUUUUCUAGCAAAAAACCGGAAAAGUUUGUUUUGAAUGUUUGUUUACGUGCUUUGAGCUUUACGAACCCCUCCCUCGUCGCGCGCACCUUCAUCACGCCGCUGCAACUAAACCGUUGGCGUAUGUGCGAGUUCGUACUAGUCAGCUCAUUUCGGUAACGUACGUCGAAGCUUUUACGUUCGUCAUUCAAGUUGCGGUUUCAUUCUAUUCGUUAAUGGGGUAUUUUUACUUACUUUUAAUUAAAAUGUUUCGAAUAAGUGUAUCCUCAUCGUACAAUCGUGUUUUAUUUACUCGAUGACCGUGCGAUUGUAUUUUAUUCGAGAGAAUUAUAGAGAUCGAAUGAUCGAUCGCCUGUAGCUCUGUAGCGAGAUCGCGACUUUUGUGUCGGAGUGUAGUUAAUGGUUUAUUUGCUAUUUUGGAAAUAUCUACUUUGAUUUCGUGUUUCGUUAUAUAAGCUAUUUUGUAACUGUAUUUAUUUAUGUAUUAUUUUCGCGUUUGUUGGUUUCCAUUUUAAUUUCGAUUAAUUGAUUGUUCAUUUGGAUCAAGUGCGGUGUUCUACGUCAACGAUCAACGUUCGUUUUGCGUACGUGUUGCCUGGCGUCCAGUUGUUUUACGAUCAUUUCUUCAUUUUGCUUCGGUUAAUCGGUUUGAUCAUACCAAGAUUCAGCUUCAGGGAAAAUGACUUCGAAUUGAAUAGGGCUAGCUGUUUUCCACCCACUGACGACUGACAUCCUCAAACUAAAUUACUGAUUCGGACUUCCCAUAUCAUGCUAUUGAAAAUCUCAAGACACCAAUCAAGCACAGUAAAGAUAUUUAAAAGUAUGAUUACUUUAGAAAGCUGCAAAAUGUAAUAGUUUGGCAAGUUCCUGCUCAUUUGAUAGAAUUACGACUUACACGAGAUGAAUUUGAAGACAAAUUCAACAAACUACGAUCGUUGGUACCUAUGGAAACAGUUGGCGGGGUCAAUUUUUUGGGAAAGAAUAUUUUAAAAGCGUGAAUGUUCGGUACAUGUUGCGUAUUCAAAAUGCCACAAAUAUUCGCUAGCUAUAUUACUCAUCAUGUCAUUGGAAUGGAAAAUGGACAUCAUAGAUUUUUACCAUAAAGUACCAUCAUACUCUAAAAUUGGACGAUGUAAUCAUAUUUCAUUUUGUAAAAAUGUUAAUAUUGUUAUAAGUAGGUACUUCACCUAAUUUGAAAAUGUAUUUUGUAAUUUAUUUUGACAAAUAAUUGUGUGUAGCAUUAUGUACCUAAAUCUAUGUAAGUACCUAUGAAAUGCAUUUCAACUGUAAGAGUAUCCGGAUACUUAAGGUUAGGUUGGUAAUUAUCGUACCUAUUUAUAUCUAUCACUGAUGUAUUCCUAAUUGCAUUCAUUAUUUUUCAUGUCAUGUUCAAUUGUAAUUGUAUAAUGUUUGUACUAAUAUUUUUUUGACAGCAGAAUAAUUAUGAAGAUUCAUAGAUCAUGUAGAUCAAUUGAUGGCGGAAAGGUAGGUAAGUGAAUAUUGAGUUACAUUGAAUACGCGUUUUUUCGAGAUUGAAAAAUUCUAACAUUAAGAAGAUGAUCAAAAUUUUCUCUUUUCAUAUUUUUUUCCUUUGAAAAGCCAAGUAUACAAGCCAAGUAUAUACUAUACUUUGUACAUACAUUCGGUGACACAAAAUUUGAAAAACCAAACCACGCUGAAAAACUUAUUUUACAUAGAUGUUUUGAAUUUUGUUUUUCAAUUUUUUGAACGUUUUGGGUUUGGAUUUGUUAAAAUUUAGAUAUUAUGAUUAUGAACCCCUUUUUAUUUGGUAAUGAUGUAUUAUACGAAUCAACAAUGAAUUCGAAUGUCAUACCUACUAAUAUUUUUUGACAGCAGAUUAUGAAGAUUCUUACUUCAUGGAUCAAUGUAGAUCUAUAUUGAUGGUGGAAAGGUAAGUGAAUAUUGAGUUACUUUGAAUACGCGUUUUCUUUUUUCGAAAUUUGAUUGAAAAAUUUUAGCAUUAAGAUUAAGAAGGUGAUCAAAAUUUUCCAUUUUCAUAUUUUAAUAAAAUAAAAAAUAAUAAAAAAAGUCUCUUUUGUGAAAAAUGUUUCAACUUUUAAGUCAUGGCUCAUGGAUAUGCUUUUUGUUAUAAACUUACAACUGAAAUCUUAUUGAUAGGGAUUUCUAAAUGAUUUUUUCCAAGUUCUUCAAAGUCAAACAAAAUAAUUGUAAAAUUGUAAAAAUAUUUCUUAUUGAUGAAUUUUUUCCAAGUUAUAUUAAACAAUAACUGAUACAAUAUCAGGUAGAUACUCGCAGUAAUUAAGUAUGGGUAAUUUUUUAUGCAAAAUAAAAAUUUAAUGAUUCCAAAUUCACCAACUUGAAAAAAAUAAAAAAAGAUAGUGGCCCCAAUUGAAGAAUUUUGAUCAGGCAUUGAAAGAUUUCUAAAAGGAUCUUGAAAAGAUUAGUUUUAUCGAAUAAAUUGAAAGAAAAUCAUAAAACAUAUCUACAUUCGACGAACCCGUCAAGUUUUGACAUUUAAGCUACAACCAACCUAAAUUUUUAGUGGCGACGCCAGACGAUUUGAACAGGUGUGCCAAUUUUCAAAAUUAUAAAACCAAGUUGUAAAAUCCCCCCCCUUCCUUCCAAAAUUCUCAUUCUGGCCCAAUAAUGUUUUAAAAAUUGAAGUAAGAAAAAUGAUUUUGAUGCAUCAAGAAAUGAACUUAAAAUUAUUCAAAAAUAACUUUUGGUUUAACAAAAAUGAGUUUUUGGUAAAGAAUUUAUAAAUAAUUAGUAAAAGUAAUUUUUGUUUAUUUUUGGAAAAUGAACAGGUGUGCCCGUGCGCACUGGGCAGUGGGCACACAGGCUGGCGUCGCCAGUGAAUUUCUUCAUUCAACGAACUCGCCCAAUUUUCGCAUUCACAUUCAAGUAAAUACAUGUAUCUUGUCACCAUGGUAACGUAAAACGUUUUCAAUAUUAUUCUUCGAGUGCGAGUAGGUGAUUUUCGAAUUUUUGUUCUUCGAGAUAUGUGAUGAAUUGGAAUAGAUUUACGAUUUCAUUCAGCUUCUUCUGGAACGUAAAUUUCAAUCGAAUGACAUAAGUGGUUGGUACCUACUUGUUUAUCGUUUGUGAAACAGCGUGCAUGUACUUACCUAAUAUAGGUACCUAUAGUAAGUAGUUAUAAAGUACUUACAGUAAUACUUCUGUAGGUGCAAUAGGUAGGAUAUCCUAAGUUGGGCUUUCCUUUAAUGUUAGGUUCAGCAGCCAUCAUUCGAGAAGCAGGAUAAAUGGGCAAGUGGGCACCUAGUAGCCUACAAACGUAUUUUCUUACUUUGCAGGUUCUGCGUGAAUUUUGUAAACGCAUUCUGAAAAUAUGGCUUUGAAAUUGGACGAUUUUCUAACCAAAAAAAAGGAGCCCGUGCAAAUAUUGGAUUUGUCGAGAAGCUCUGCAAACAGUCACGAAGAGCUGAAAAAAGUGGUGGAAAAGGUUCCAGAAUACAAAAUAAAAAUGGAUAAGAUUCGGCCCGAAGAAGUUAAAGUAUUUGAAAAAAAAUCAGACGAUGAAAAAGUCAAAGCCAGUACAACGUUUGCUUAUGCAAAUCCUAUUCCUUCGGAUAUGAGAUCGUUACGUCUAGAAGAUUUGUGCGCAGUUAACAUUCAAUGGAAAAUGCUGACGUCUCUUCGGCCAAAACUCAAGUCAGACGAAGACUAUUUUUCAAAGUUAGUAGAGUUGGGAAAGCUACAAUUGCACGCUCGCCUCAAAGAACGAAAUAAAACCGUAACGUGGUACGUGAGAAAAUCUAAGAAUAAGGCCGGAAUCACAGAAAUGAAAAUCAUUUCGUGUCGCGAAUGCGGCGAAGAAUUUUGUUUAAAUGAGAUUUGUCGAGUCUUUGCGUACGACUCGUACGAACGAUGUGUAACGCUAAAUGAGAAACAGCUGAUGCAGCGACAGGACAAUACGACCAGCAGCACCAAGAAAGCCAAGCGUACGAAGAAAGCUAAAUCCAAAGCCAAAGCUAAAUCGCAACGUACAGCGACCAAAAAAUCGUACAAAACAAAGAAGCCCAAGCCCAAACCCAAACCCAAACCUAAGCCCAAAUUGAAGCCUAGCAGACCAAAAUCAGACCAACAAGCAGUAAAGACGGCGGCGGCUGCUGUGAAACCGGCGAUUCGUGACAAAAAUUCGAAAGUCAAAUAAUUAAUAACAAUCAUUCAGCAACCUUUAUACAAAACCGAACGAAGAGCAAUACAGGGUGUCUAUCAAUAUUUCAAAAUGAAAAAGUAGGAAUUUUUGUAAAAAAUGUUGAAAAUUCAUCGCCAAUAACUUCAAGUUUUGUUUUCUCCCUCGAUGAAACUGAAAAAUAAUGUACGAGUAUGUAGCUCGUCGUACUAGCUAAUGUAGACCUAUUUGCAAUCGAGUCGAAUUACGCGACGAAUAAAAUCGAAUACACGGUCUACAACAAAAUAGCUUUAAUUAAUACGGGUUUGUUUGGUAGAAUAUCAUCAUAAUUAAUUAUGUAUUUACACGAACUACAUCGUACGAACAAAAACAAAAUAUUUGCUAUUGCACUCGGCAUAAGCUACAUAUUUAAAAUGAAGUACCCUAGGAAACGUAGUACGCAGUACGUACUAGUCAUAAGGUAGCUGUCUGUAUUAUUAGGUAAUACCGUACAUAAAUAGUACAUAGUAGUACACGAUACACACAUAAUACAUAAUACAAAAUAUAAUAGGUAAUAUAUACGCACAUUUUACACACAUUUUUACAAGAUACAUACCUUACCUACCUACAAUCACAGAAAUCGUAACGACUGUACGCACGCACACUCACACACUCAAACACAUAUACACGUAAACUUGGUCGAAAACGUAUCACGUACUAUAUUGUGAUAACUCGUAGUAGGUAUCAGGUACGUUGUACGUUACCUGCAAUUGUACAACUUAAAAGUAAAAGAACCAAAACAACGACGAGCUUCUUCGCCGCACACAACGUAAAAUUCCACCCCAAGAACAGCGAUGAUGAUUAAAGUAACAACAGGCUCGCACGUAAGUCCAAGUAUACAUAAAAUCGGCAUCAGCGUCAGCAUUAGCAUCGCCGAGGCAGUCGUACAUUGGUCUUCGUAAUAAUGCGACUGCCAACGCCAUCGGUAUUUGUUGUACUCGCGUGUCGAGCUCGUCUCUG